ACAGUGCUGUUUUCCACUGUGGAGGGAUAUUUGAGUAUUUCAUUUACAGCAAAAUAAUGAUCAACCGUUGUAUAAUAUUAUUACCUUGCCGAAUUUUUCAAAUAUAAUUAUUUUUAUCCGCAAUGGAAUCGUCUUUUUCCAAUACGUUGACAGAAAAACAGAGAGAUAUUUUAGAAAAAUUCUGGUGCCCUUCCUCAAUUUUUUAUGACCCACUCAAAGCUGGUAGUAUUGAUGGAACUGAUACCGAACCUCAUGAUAAAGCCGUAAUAAGAGCACAGAAUUCCCAUUAUAAACCAAACUGCAGGGUAAAAGGUCAACCAGAAUGUACUGUAUUCGUAUCUAGGCUUGAUUAUACCACAAAAGGACAUGAAAUCAAAAGGCAUUUUUCUCAGUAUGGAAAAAUCAUUAAAUGUCGAUUGGUUGAAGAUAUAGUAACUGGUAAAUCAAAAGGGUAUGCUUUCAUUGAAUAUGAGACUGAAAGAGAAGCUGCGAGAGCUUACAGGAAUGGUCAUAGAACAUUUUUGGAUGGAAAAGAGCUGUUUGUGGAUAUGGAGUGUGAACGGUUACUUCCAGGUUGGAUUCCUCGUCGACUAGGUGGAGGAUUUAAUGGCAAAAAGGAAUCAGGUCAGAUUCGCUUUGGAGGACGUGACAGGCCCUUCAGAAAACCUAUCAACUUACUUACCUCAAAAGAAAUCCUUAAUAGUUUUGAUGAAAGAGUUAAGAAUUUUAAAUAAUAUUCAAGGAUAUUACUAUAAUUAAUUAUUUUAUUUAAAUAGUUGGCAUUUUUUUAGUGGUCUAUCAGUUGUAUAUUUUUAUAGAUAUUACUAUUAAUUCUUAGUUAUUUGUAAAUAAAUAUAAUUUGAUUCAUUUGUUAAUUUAUGUUUUUCAUGUUUAUUCACCAGAUACUGCAACAUUGCAAAAACGGCUACUAUUCGAGCAGAGAAUGACCAAAUGAUUUUAUGACAUGAAAACACUCGGCCACAUGUUGUAAAAUUGCUAAAACCUACUUGGAAAUGCUUAAAUAGGAAUUUCUGCUCCAUCCGCAGUAGUCAGUGGGUAUAGCCCUUUCCAAUUGUCACUAAUUUCCUUUGAUGACACAUUGCCUGGCUGAGUAGUGCUUCCAUUCUUAUGAAGAUAACAAAGCUUUCCCCUCUUUUUCCGAUACUGUGGCUUGUAUAGGAAAACUUUGGCCACUAUCGUCUCCCAUUUUUAUUAUCUGGCCAGACCAUUGAACCCUCCUGCUUUCAAUAUUAUGAAAAAUAUAUUUUUCCUGCCCUAUGCUUUUUUGGGUAGGGCAAUAUCUGCAAAAUAUAUAUGUAAUAAUUUUGGAAGCCAAAAUUUCUAAUGAAUACCGGAAAUGAAGAUGUUUUGUUGCUAAUAGUUGACAACAAUAUUCUCCACCUUUUACGCCAGACUCUAAAUAUAUCAUAGAUAUUACAAAAAAUUUAAACCCUGAUUAAAAUCAUUAAUUGAAUAUCUCUCGGAAAAUAUGUGUAUUAAUAUAAAAAUAAUUUGUUAAAGAAUUAAGAAAUCAAAUUAUUUACUUUGUUAGAUCUACGGUCCCACAAACAUGUUCCUCUCUUCUUGUUAUUCUCCACUCUUCUCAAUAACUAAAUGUUAUUGAUAUAUAGGCUAUUGGAAAAACGGUUAGAGGAGGCUAAGUCCUGUAACCGCGUUGUAGUGCCGUGAAAUAAUAAUAAUAAUGCUUGCUUUUCUUAUAGUAAUAUGUUGUAGCCUUGAGAUGUCUUAGCUUCUUAGAAAAUCUAUUAUAAAGCUAAUAGAUUUUUGGACAUAUUGAUGUUUUAUUGUCCAGGUUUCGGAACUACAUAGAACUAUUUAUAAUAAAAAUGAAUGGUAUAUUCUUUUUUUGUUUGAAAGAAAAUAUUCUUAUUCUACAGGACUGAGUUACGGAUCCUAAUAAUUUUUCUUCCUCAAGAUAUAUUUGAUGAAAUAUCUGUAUUGAGGGUUCCCAUUUCAUUUAUAUACACUCCAAUGUGCAAAAAUUUAUUGUUCCAAUCCUAAUUUUUUAUUAUCGAAGAUGUUGAGUUGAAAGUCACUUAUUCUUUUUUAUUCUGUCUUUUCACUAGAUUCUAUUUAGAAUCCUCAUCUAAAAAUUUUCUUAUCAUGUAUUCCUAGUUUCUUAUCAUAUUCAAGAAAUAUGAAACGGCCAUACAGCCCUAAGGCGUGGUCAUCCCACGAUACAAAAACUUCAGCUAAUGGGAAGAAACUUGGAAAAGGAAGUCAAAAACAAGGAUACGGGAGACAUGGUGAGUCUGUGGACGAGAGUCAGUCUGGGACAACAGUUGAGUAGAGUAGAGUAGAGGAAGAGCACUGGUAAGAAGGACUCGAGUGUAGCGGAUGUAGAGGCUUCCUCAGAAAUGAUGGUCCAGGGAAAAGAAGACAUCAAUGAAG